AAUUCAUAGUUAGAUCUAAAUUCUAAUAGUAAAAAUUAAUUGUAAAAUAUCCGAUAUUACUCUUAUCUCUCGUCUCCCAAGUCCCGCAACUUAAAAGGCCAAAACAGAACACACAAACGUGUCUACGUUUACAAUCUCUGAAAGCAGCUUUCUGACCCAUAUAAAAAAAUGGACGGAUUCGAUCGAAUCCCCGACGCGCUCGUCCUCUUCAUCUUCAACUCCGUCUCCGACAUCAAGACCCUGAUCCGCUGCCGGGCAGUCUCCAAACGAUUCAAUUCGCUCGUCCCUCAUACCGAGUCGCUCCUGCUGAAAGUCGACCGUGUCGUUUCUUCUGAAUCUGGCAACACCGACGCGGCUCUCCUCACCUUCCUCCGAUCGAUCCUCAAGUCCUUGCACAACCUCCUGUUGCCCAAGCCCCACCCGAUCCAGACCCGUUCCCUUCUGAACUCGCCCGCCCAAAUCCUCCGCGGGUUCGAGAAGAUCAAAAACCUCGAGAUCGAGCUCCCGUCCGGCGACCUCAAGCUGGAGAAAAAAGCCGUCGUCAUGUGGAGGGCUGAGUUCGGGAGUACUCUCAGGAGCUGCAUUAUCUUCGGGUUUCGCGAAAUACGAACUUCGCAGUCGCCGAUGACGCGGAUACCAGCUGACUUCUUCGACGUGGACUUCGCGGGAGGGCUGAAGCUGAGAGUGGUAUGGACAAUAAGCGCAUUGAUAGCGGCGUCGGCGAGGCACUAUUUGCUGAAGGAGGUGGUUAAGGAGCACGGCGAGUUGGAGAGGGUGGUUUUGAAAGACAGGGAAGGAGAGGGGACGGUGGUGAUGGACAAGGAGGGGCUAAGAGAGUUUGCGGAGGGAGCGGAGCCGCAGGUAAGCGACAACACGGAGGGAAUGGCGGCUGCGCAGGAUGGGUUGGUGGGCGGAGAGGCGGAGGGGGAGGGGGGUUGGGAGAGAAAUAAUGGAGGCAGGACAACGGUGCCGAGCGUGAGGAUGAGAAUGAGACACAUGCAGAAGCUGGAGCUGAAAGGAGGAGCAUGGAUGGACGGCGCGACACUUGUGAUGGUAAGGCCCACGAGUUCAAACAAGACGGUGGAGGAAGAUGAGGUGGACAAGAUGGAUGCUGAAUUGGCUUUGGAGGCUUUCGGUGGAGGGGUGUACGGAGAGGCUGUACAAUCUCUGCUCAAUACUCGUGGCUACCUCUUGGAAAUGAACUCCUUUUAAUUUUUAAUUUUUAGAAUUUUCAAAUGCAAUCGUCUUUGGUCAUACGUUUUGUUAAUAACUAAAUAAAUAAAAAUAUAACAAAUUAAGUAGUACGAUAGAGAUGAUAAAUUAGGAAGGAAGAUCAAAGUCAUUGUUUAUGAUCCCUCUUAUAUAUGUUCGUUUCCUUUGGUGAAAACUAGAGUCUUAACAGUUGUAAAUGCGUAUCCUUUUGUUUGAAAUGAAGACUUCCCCACUGCAAUUCAUCAAAA